AUGAAUACAGCAGAAUUAGACUUAAACCUAGCAAGGUCUUACGUCGAAGCGAGAAUGAAAAAAGGUGAAGAAUACAGUCGCUCAGCACUUCUUGGUUUUCGGAAUUCAAUUGAAAGAUACCUAAACAACAAUGGCCGUAUAGUGAAAGUUUCAAGGAACCAAGUGUUUCAAAAGAGUAAGAAAAUUCUGGACGCGAAGCUACGAAUCAACCGCCGCGUCAGUAAGGAAAACAUUCAACAUAAACCAGUUAUUGUACCUUCAGACCUCGCAAAGAUAAGAGCCAGCCCUUUCCUCAGUGUCACAAAUCCAGGCGGAUUGCUAAGGAGAAUGUGGUUAUACGUUUCUCUGUACUGGUGCAGGCGUGGAAGGGAGGGACAGCGAGAUCUUCGCCGCGACAGUUUCAAGUUCACCAAAGAUGCAAACGGCUGCGAGUACACAGUUAUGACCCACGAAGAAGCUACAAAAAACCAUCCUGGUGGUGAAACCAGCAAGCCCUCAGCUGAACGAGAAACAAGGCUUUACAGCACUGGAGCAGACGUUGAUGCGUUUGCCAGUCUCAAAUUGUACGUGUCCAAGUUGAAUCCCUCCUGCCCAGCGUUCUUUCAAAAACCAAAAGCCAGAUUCACCACAGAAGACAUCGUGUGGUAUGAAAACAGCCUACUUGGCGUGAACAAGCUGGGAGACAUGAUGAAGAUCAUAUCCAAAGGAGCGAAUCUCUCUCAAGUGUACACCAAUCAUUCCGUCCGGUCUUCAGCAAUAACCGUGCUUUCAGAUGCGAAUGUACCCGACCGCCACAUAAUGUUUGUCCCCAGACAUAGCAGCGAGCAAAGCAUCUCACACUACAUCGCCAGGCCAUCGGCACCUCAGCUGGAAAGUGUAUCCGACACAAUGUCCAAUGCUCUUCAGUACAAAUUUCUACCGUUUCCAGCACUCCAUCAGCUACACCAUUAA